CCUAGGGUGUCAUUUAUCCGAAAACAACAGGCAAGCUGUUGGAAUGGUAUAUGGCUAUAUCCCACCAAAUACCCAAAGCUGGUUCACUUUAAGUGGGGAUGAUGAAAAUGGGAAAUUUGGUUCAGCUUUGGCAACCGGCUUCCUUUCCAUAGAAGGACUCUCCAAGCAAGUACUGAUAGUUGGUGCACCGACACAAGACAGUGUCUUCAGGAUUUCAUUUAUAUCCUCUACACUCCACCAAGCAGGAAGUGUUUUGAUAUAUGACUUGAUGGAAAAUGGCAAACCUUCUAUACUUAGCACAUUCAAUGGAGAUAGGAGAUUUUCACGCUUUGGAGAAGAGGUGCACUUACGGGAUCUGAACAACGAUGGACUUG